CACAAUGGAAGGAAGUCUGAUAUUUCUUCCUUUCAGCACUGAGAACUCGACAGGGCAUUAGUUCAGGAUGGCUGGCGUGCAGGUGUUGCUGGGUUUGCUCUGCUUGAGUUCAGCCCAGGCAGGGAAGCUGUUAGUGGUUCCAAUGGAUGGCAGUCACUGGAUUGGGAUGAAGCCUGUGGUUCAGGAGCUGGGAAAAAGGGGGCACCAGGUGGUGGUGGUCAUUCCAGAAGUGAGUAUGACCCUUGGGUCUUCAGAGCAUACCACCACCAUCACCUAUCCAGUACCGUACACUGAAGAAGAGAUGUACGAGAGCUUUAAAGCUGGCAUGGCUAAAAUCAUCAGCCAGAACAUCGUUACUGAGCUGGACAAGCUCCAGAAUUUCAUCCUGCUUCUGGAUAUAGUCGGUGAAGUUUCAGUUAGGAACUGCGAGAGCCUGCUCUUCAACAAAACACUCAUGCAGAAGCUGAAAGACUGGGACUUUGACGCUGUUCUCACUGACCCCUUUGACCCUACAGGAGCCAUUAUUGCUGAGCACUUUUCCAUCCCGUCCAUUUUCAUGCAAGUUAACCUCGCCUGUGGUGUGGACUUCCCGGCCACCCAGUGUCCAAGUCCAGCUUCCUACGUUCCGCAACGUUAUACGUUUUACACAGACCAGAUGAGUCUCUGGCAGAGGACGGUGAACUUGAUGAGGACUUUUCUGCAGCCGAUGGCCUGUAGACACCUGUACACCCAAGCAGACGAAAUUGCCUCACGAUUUCUGCGGAGAGAAACAUCCAUGGUGGAGAUCAUGAGCCACGCGGCUCUCUGGUUGAUGCGCUUCGACUUUGUCUUUGAGUUUCCUCGAGCGGUGAUGCCAAACAUGGUCAUGAUUGGAGGAAUUUCUGCUGCUAAACCCAAAGCUUUGCCAACGAGAGAAACGUCCAUGGUGGAGAUCAUGAGCCACGCGGCUCUCCGGUUGAUGCGCUUCGACUUCGCCUUGGAGUUUCCUCGACCGGUGAUGCCAAACAUGGUCAUGAUUGAUUGAAUUUCUGCUGCUAAACCCAAAG